UCUCUCUGUGUCUCUGCAGUCAUGGAUCAGUGAAGCGGAUCUUCAUCGGACCCGCAGCACCUCCUCUUCCUCUCUUGCUCCACCAUGCUCCCCUCCUCUCUCUCCUCUCCUCUUCCUCUCCUCCUGCUCCUCUUCCUCCUCCCGUCCCUCCUCCUCCUCCCGGCCCCGUCCUCCCUGGCGUCGGGCCGGGCCGAGUACAGGGCGCCCGACGCGUCCUUCACCCACCUGGCGGUGCACCGACGGACGGGCGAGGUUUUCGUGGGCGCCGUGAACCUGGUGAAGCUGAGCGCCGCCCUGCUGGAGCUGAAGAGUCAUGUGACCGGCCCGGUGGAGGACAACGCCCGCUGCUACCCCCCCAGCGUCCGCGCCUGCGCCCACCGGCUGGAGAGCACGGACAACGUGAACAAGCUGCUGCUGGUGGAUUAUACUGGGAGCAGACUGGUGGCCUGCGGCUCCAUCUGGCAGGGCGUCUGCCAGUUCCUGCGGCUCGACGACCUCUUCAAGCUGGGAGAGCCGCAUCACCGCAAGGAGCAUUACCUGUCCGGCGCCAAGGAGCCCGACGGCAUGGCAGGCGUGGUCGUCGAAGAUGAUUGGACGGCGGAGUCCAGGAAGAAGAAGCCGGUGAAAGGCAGCAGCCGGCUGUUCAUCGGCGCCGCCAUCGACGGGAAGUCGGAGUACUUCCCCACGCUGUCGAGCAGGAAGCUGGUGGCCGACGAGGAGAACAACGACAUGUUCUCGCUGGUCUACCAGGACGAAUUUGUGUCGUCGCAGAUCAAGAUCCCGUCGGACACGCUGUCCCCCUACCCGGCCUUCGACAUCUACUACGUGUACGGCUUCUCCAGCCGGACCUACGUCUACUUCCUGACGCUGCAGCUGGACACCCAGCUGACCCAGAUGGAGGCCGGCGGGGAGAAGUUCUUCACCUCCAAGAUCGUGAGGAUGUGCUCCAACGACACCGAGUUCUACUCGUACGUGGAGUUUCCUCUGGGCUGCACCAAGGACGGCGUGGAGUACCGGCUGGUCCAGGCCGCCUACAGGCAGAAGCCGGGCCGGCGGCUGGCCCAGGCGCUCGGCCUGGGUCCGGACGACGACGUUCUGUUUGUGGUCUUCUCGCAGGGUCAGAAGAACCGCUCCAACCCGCCCAGAGAGACGGUGCUGUGUCUGUUCACCCUGCAUGACAUCAACCUGGCCAUGAGGGAGCGCAUCAGCUCCUGUUAUCGCGGAGAGGGACACCUUACGCUGCCGUGGUUACUCAACAAAGAGCUGCGCUGCAUCCACACUCCAAAGCAGAUCGGGGAUGAUUUCUGCGGCUUGGUGCUGAACCAGCCGCUGGGAGGCCUGAGAGUGAUUGAAGGACAGCCGCUCUACGAGGACCGGACCGAGGGCAUGGGCGCCGUGGCCGCCUACACCUAUGGAGACGACACCGUGGUGUUCGUGGGAACUCGAAGCGGACAGCUGAAGAAGAUCCGAGUGGACGGCGUGCCGCCUCCGGCCCAGAACGCCUUGCUAUACGAGACGGUGGCGGUGGCGGAGGGCCAGCCCAUCCUGAGGGACAUGGUGUUCAGUCCGGACCACCGCAGCAUCUACCUGCUGAGCAACCGACAGGUGACCAGGCUGCCGGUGGAGAGCUGCCAGCAGUACAGCAGCUGCUCCGACUGUCUGGGAUCAGGAGACCCGCACUGCGGCUGGUGCGUCCUCUUCAACAAGUGUUCCAGGAAGGAGUCAUGUGACCGGUGGGAGGAGCCUCAGCACUUCAACACCCGUCUGGACCAAUGCGUGUUCAUCUUGGUUUCCCCUAGCAACAUGUCCGUCACCUCUCCUCCCACUCAGCUGACCAUCAGGGUGCAGAAUGUCCCGGAGCUUUCGGGCGGGGUCACCUGUGUGUUCGAAGACCUGACGGAAACACCUGGACAGGUGCAAGCAGAAGGUCAGGUGGUGUGCAUGUCACCGUCGCUUGAGGAGCUGCCAGCACAAGCUCCUCCUUAUGGGGAGAAGCGUGCGGUCCAGCUCAGCCUGCGCUCCACAGAGACGGGUCUCCGGUUCAUCUCCACCAGCGUAGUUUACUACAACUGCUCUGUGCUCGGAUCGUGCACUUCCUGUGUCAGCAGCAGCUUUCCCUGCCUCUGGUGUAAAUUUCGCCACAUCUGCACCAACAACCUGAAGGACUGCUCCUUCCAGGAGGGCCGGGUCAGCAGCAUGGAGGGCUGUCCCCAGAUCCUCCCCACCGCCGACAUCCUGGUUCCGGCUGGGAUGGUGCGUCCGAUCACGCUGCGGGCCCGGAACCUGCCGCAGCCGCAGUCGGGUCAGAAGAACUACGAGUGCGUGUUCAGCAUCCAGGGCAAGGUGCAGCGCAUCCCCGCCGUGCGUUUCAACUCUUCCUGCAUCCAGUGCCAGAACACCUCGUACUGGUACGAAGGAGACGAGGCUGGAGACCUCCAGGUGGACUUCUCCAUCGUCUGGGACGAAAACUUCCUGAUUGACAAGCCCACCUUCAUGAAAGCUUUGCUGUACAAGUGUGAAGCGCAGCGCUCCAGCUGUGGCCAGUGCCUCAAAGCGCCCCCUGUGUUCGAGUGCGGGUGGUGCGUGGAGAGCAGGAAGUGCCUCCUGCGGCAGCACUGCCCCUCGCCGGAGCAGAACUGGAUGCACCACGGCCGCCACAACCUGCGCUGCAGCCACCCGCGCAUCACCAAGAUCGACCCGCUGACCGGACCCCGCGAGGGCGGCACCCGCGUCGCCAUUGAGGGCGAGAAUCUGGGUCUGCAGGUCAAGGAGAUCACGCACAUCCAGGUGGCCGGCGUCCGCUGCAACCCGGUGCCGUCGCUGUACGUCAGCGCCGAGAGGAUCGUGUGCGACAUGGCCGAAGCCCUGCUGCCUCACUCGCCCGGCGGGCCGGUGGAGCUCUGCAUCGGCGUGUGCAGCGCCGAGUACCGGACCUUGUCCACCCAGACCUACUCCUUUGUGAGCCCAAGCUUUACCCGGAUCCGCCCGCUGAUGGGGCCCGUCUCUGGAGGAACCCGGCUGACGGUGGUCGGGCGACACCUGGACUCCGGCAGCAGCGUCUCCGUGUUUGUCCACAGGGAGGAGUGUCUGUUUGUGAAGCGCACCAAUCGGGAGAUAGUCUGCAUAACGCCCGCCUCGCCGUCCGGCGCCGGCCCUGCUCCCGUGCGUCUGAUGAUCGACCGGGCCGAGGUGACCAACGCCGAGGUCAGCUACAGCUACAGCGAGGACCCGACCGUCUCCGGCAUCGAGCCCAACUGGACCAUCCUCAACGGCAGCACGCUGAUCACGGUGACCGGGACCAACCUGCAGACCAUCCAGGAGCCAAAGGUCAGGGCCAAGUACGGCGGCGUGGAGACCAGCAACUACUGCACCGUGGUGAACGACAGCACCAUGACCUGCCUGGCUCCCGGCCUCAUCUACAACAAGCCCGACCCGCCAGAGGGGGCGCUGCGGCCCGAUGAGUUCGGCUUCAUUUUGGACCAGGUGUCGUCGCUGCUGGUCCUGAACUCCACCGCUUUCACCCACUACCCCAACCCGACCUUCGACCCACUCGGCCCCGCCGGGAUCCUGGAGGUCAAGCCGGGCUCUCCCAUCAUUCUGAAGGGGAAGAACCUGAUCCCGGCGGCGCCCGGCAACGCCCGGCUGAACUACACCGUUCUCAUCGGGGAAUCGCCCUGCCUGCUCACCGUCUCCGAGAACCAGCUGCUCUGCGAUCCGGACCUGACCGGGGAGCAGCGGGUCGCGAUCCAGGUGGGCGGUCUGGAGUACUUCCCGGGGAUUCUCCACAUUUACUCCGACAACACGCUGACGCUGCCCGCCAUCAUCGGCAUCGGCGCGGGCGGCGGCGUUCUCCUCAUCGCCAUCAUCGCCGUGCUCAUCGCCUACAAGAGGAAGACCCGAGACGCCGACCGGACGCUGAAGCGCCUGCAGCUGCAGAUGGACAACUUGGAGAGCCGGGUGGCGCUAGAGUGCAAAGAGGCCUUCGCCGAGCUGCAAACCGACAUCCAGGAGCUGACCAACGACAUGGAUGGAGUCAAGAUCCCCUUCCUGGAGUAUCGGACCUACACAAUGAGGGUCAUGUUCCCCGGCAUAGAGGAGCAUCCGGUGCUCAAGGAGCUCGACUCUCCAGCCAACGUGGAGAAAGCUCUGCGCCUCUUCAGCCAGCUGCUCAACAACAAGAUGUUCCUGCUCAGCUUCAUCCACACGCUGGAGGCCCAGAGGUCCUUCUCCAUGCGGGACCGAGGGAACGUCGCCUCCCUGCUGAUGGCUGCUCUGCAGGGUCGGAUGGAGUAUGCCACAGUGGUGCUGAAGCAGCUGUUGGCAGAUCUGAUAGAGAAGAACCUGGAGAACCGGAACCACCCCAAGCUGCUCCUCAGGAGAACAGAGUCUGUUGCUGAGAAGAUGCUGACCAACUGGUUCACCUUCCUGCUGCAUCGCUUCCUGAAGGAGUGCGCCGGGGAGCCGCUCUUCAUGCUCUACUGCGCCAUCAAGCAGCAGAUGGAGAAAGGGCCGAUCGACGCCAUCACCGGAGAGGCGCGCUACUCUCUGAGCGAAGACAAGCUGAUCCGGCAGCAGAUUGACUACAAGCAGCUGACGCUGAUGUGCAUUCCUCCGGAGGGCGAAGCUGGAACCGAGGUACCGGUGAAGGUUCUGAACUGCGACACGGUGACCCAGGUCAAAGACAAGCUGCUGGACGCCGUCUACAAAGGAAUCCCGUUCUCCCAGCGGCCGCAGGCCGACGACAUGGAUCUCGAGUGGCGGCAGGGCCGGCUGACCCGGAUCAUCCUGCAGGACGAAGACGUGACGACCAAGAUAGAGAGCGACUGGAAAAGGCUGAACACGUUGGCUCACUACCAGGUGACAGACGGCUCGCUGGUGGCGCUGGUCCAGAAGCAGGUUUCUGCCUACAACAUCGCCAACUCCUUCACCUUCACCAGAUCCCUCAGCAGAUACGAGUCCCUACUGCGGACGUCCAGCAGUCCCGACAGCCUGAGAUCCAGAGCUCCAAUGAUCACCCCAGACCAGGAGACAGGAACUAAACUUUGGCACCUGGUGAAGAACCACGAGCACAGCGACCAGCGAGAAGGAGACCGGGGCAGCAAGAUGGUCUCCGAGAUCUACCUGACCAGACUGCUGGCCACCAAGGGGACACUGCAGAAGUUUGUGGACGACCUUUUUGAGACCGUGUUCAGCACGGCCCAUCGUGGCUCCGCACUGCCUUUGGCGAUUAAAUACAUGUUCGACUUUUUGGACGAGCAGGCCGACAAACGGUCAAUCACCGACCCAGAUGUCCGGCACACCUGGAAGAGCAACUGUCUUCCUCUCAGGUUCUGGGUCAACGUCAUUAAGAAUCCGCAGUUCGUCUUCGACAUCCAUAAGAGCAGCAUCACAGACGCCUGCCUGUCGGUGGUGGCGCAGACCUUCAUGGACUCGUGCUCAACGUCCGAACAUCGGCUCGGCAAAGACUCGCCGUCCAACAAGCUGCUCUAUGCUAAAGACAUCCCCAACUACAAAAGCUGGGUGGAGAGGUACUACAGGGACAUCUCCAAGAUGCCCAGCAUCAGCGAUCAGGACAUGGACGCCUACCUGGUGGAGCAGUCCCGUCUACAUGGCAACGAGUUCAACACACUGAGCGCGCUCAAUGAGCUCUACUUCUACAUCAACAAGUACAAGGAAGAGAUCCUGACGGCGUUGGACCGGGACGGUUACUGUCGGAAACACAAGUUGAGACACAAACUGGAGCAAGCCAUCAACCUGAUGUCCGGCAGCAGCUGAGACCCGGCGCCGGACCGAUGAGGGGGCGGGGCUUGGGAAGGAUGAGGUUCUGCUGAACAGCCGGACCGGACCGCAUCACCAGCAGUCAAUCUGUCAAUUGAUUUAUUGGUCAGAUGGAUUGAUUGGACCCAGAACCCAGCGGAGCAGAACCUUUCCUGAGACUCGUGGAGCCAACCGGACCUCAACAGGUUCUACGGCAGAACCGGACGGUUUGGAUCGGAACCGCUACAGCCCGAGCUCAGAAUGUAAAAUGAAGAGUUACAGAAGCCCGUCCCGGGCCUCCAGAUCAGAACCGGGGUUCAUCUGGACCUCACAGCGAUCCGGUUCUGAUCCAGAACAUGUAUCGGAUUCUGGACAGUUUGAAGCUUUAAUGAAGGAGGCGGAGCCAAAACGAACGUCAGGUGUCGGUUCUGUUCCGGUUCUGUGAACAAUCAGCGCAGCACUGAGCCCGAUCCGUUUGGCCCCAACGCUUCCUGGCCCCGCCCCCAGCUCCUCAUUGGUCGGUCCGCUGGCCGGGAGGACGCACUGCCUGACCAACCAGACUGUGGACAGAACCUCUGAAUACAUUCCAGCACAGCGACGCCGUCCGGGUCAGAACCAGAACCACCUGGGAUCUGGACCCGAUCUAAACUGGACACACAGCUAACGGCGCCGGUGGGGAAAUACUGUGCAGAGCUACAAACCUAGUGCCAUGCAAAGACCGGAUCAGAACUCCCUCAGGACUGGACCGGACUUGGACCAAAUCCAGUCCAGAACCAAGGGAGUGGAGCUGAACCGGGCCGGACUCCUAGAACUUUUGAGACUCGUGGCCAUAAUUGUAAAGAUGAAAAAAAAAUGAAGCUCAAAUGAUAAAAUCUAAACAAAAUGUUCACAUGUAAUCAGAACCUUUUGGACUUUACCGACCAGAACUUGUAUAAAGCUGAACAUUACAUCUGAGUCUGACGGUACCGACAGGCCCAGAACCCUGCAGACCGGCCCGGACCGAGCCACAACAAUCCUGCUCUGCAGAUGCAAACGGGCUAUUUGGUACUUUUUUAACAAGCGGAACCGGAGCUCAGCGGGUUUGAUGGCUCGGUCCGAAGAGUCGCUCUGUCUGUGUUCUGGAACAUUUACACAUCACAGCGCUGGUUCUGGCCCGCUCAGAGGUCCGGUUGCUCUCCGAUAUCAGAUAGCACAGCUGGUUCUACCAGAAUCUGGUUCCGGUUCUGUUCCAGCUAAAUCGUUUCCACUGGGGUCCAGAAACCCAGUGGACUUCCUCCCUUCAGGUCCGGUUCCACAUCGAGUUUCUGAACCGAUGUUUGGGGAAAAAGGAUGAAAAUUUAAAUUCAAAUUUUUAUAAAUGUUUAAAUUAUUAUAAUGAUAAUAAAUGUUGGAGUGUAGCUGCUGCCACCUGGUGGUCGGGUUGGGAACAGCAGCUGCAGACGGCUACAGGUGGAACCGGUGACCUCUAGAUGACCUCUGGAUGACCUCUGACCUCUGCGGGCCGUAGCCUCCAGGUGCUCAUUGUGAAAUGUUGCAGCUCGGCUGAAGCCGUUUCAUCUGUUUGGGCCCAAAAGGACCAGAUGGAGGGCGGGUUCUGAAGCCACUAGCGUACCAGCACCACUGUUCGCCCCCACUGGUUGUCUGAGCUGACCAAACCAGCCAAUCACUGAUCAGAUCUGCAGCUCCGCCCACUUCCUGUUCUCGCCUAAACCAGACCCGCAGCUUCUCAGAGAUCUUCCUCCACCAAACUUCUCCACUUCCUGCUGAACUUCAUGAAGGAAACGUUCUGUCUCCUUGGUAACGAGCUCACCAAUGAUGAGCCUCUUUUCAAAAGCAGAUUUCAAAGCUGAUCAGUGAUUCGCUGGGAUUCCAAUGUGGGAGGGCCAUGUCUAAUUCCUGAAGUCUACAGCAGAGACCUCCAGAUUUUAUGCAUCCUUGCUCCAACAUGCCCCUACCAAUGAGUGUCCCACUACCGGACCGGUACCGGGCCAGUGCUGGACCGGUACCGAAUGGGAUGGGGGAUGUCUAAUACAGGUUUUGCAAAACCUGGAGAAUUGGAGCUGACAGCUCCUAGCCCAGACUCCAGGAAGUAGACCCGGCCCGAGUCACACAGACACACAGUGGUGGGAUAUUUAUUAUUUUAAUUUAUUUUUGUGAUGGAUUUUAUUUAUUGUGGGAGGAUGAAGACGUUCGUCAGCAGCGAUCUCUCUCGUGUCCCACCUGGGGGACGGACCGCCAUCACGUCCAGAACCGCUCCAGAGGGCGGAGUGCCUGGUGUCUCAGGUCAGGGGAGGGUCAACGGCGCAGCUUUUCAGACUCCGCCCCUUCCCCUGCUGUGCUGCAGCACUGCCUUUGAUUGGUCGAUUUCCCUCAAGUGAACUCUGACAUCAGAAUCUCCUCCUCCUGUUUCAGCCAGCUGACCUGGCUGCUGCGACCCCAUCGAUCAGGUGACGUGGUUCUAGCACCUGAUUCGCUGCCUGCGGGUCACAGCGCCACCAUCAGGCCAUCCAUUGCUCCUCUUGGGAACAUCUUUAUUCCCCGAGGCGCAGCCAAAUCCGGGAAGUAGUCGGGGCCCGUCAUUGGUUCCAUUCGCCAUUGCCUUGUUUUUUUUUGUGGUCUUGCUGAUUUGAACGUCGUUGCCUAAAAUGGCCGCCGUCUGUUUUUCUAUCAUUGCCUUCUGCUCAGUUUGUAUAUUUGUGAUUUCACUAAAUGUAAAGAAAAAAACUUGUCUGGUUGUUUCUGAUCACAUGACUUUAGCCCCUCCCACCAAGGGCCUGGCUAAUUAAUGGAGACCAAUGCUGUCCAUUAUCUAACCUGAACCACUGGUUGUUCAGCAGUUUUUAAGGUCCGGGUUCUGGAGCCAGAAGAACUGAACCAACCCGUUGGAACCGGUCCUGUUUGGACCUCCUGCCCACCAGAACCUGCAGUCAGUGAAACCGGGUCACAGAACCGGUUUGACAUUGUGCAUGAAAAUUGCAAAUGUUUUAACUUAUUAUGUCAAAGUGUGCCAUAAAACUUAACAAGCCAUAAAGUUAGUGAUGAGGGAACGGCUUCCUGUUCCCUCAGGACCGUGGGACCUGAACAAGGAUCAUUUGUCCAGAACUUUACCCGACCCAGUUAUAGUUCGGAUGCCUUCCCAGUUAAUUUUUCCAGAUUUCCUCAACAGUUUUUUUUUUUACUCUUUAUUACUAUUAUCAACAUAUACAUUAAACAUGUAAUCGGCUUCAAAUGUACAUAAAAUCUGAAAAACAUGAUGAAGCCGAUCUCAGCUGCUUCCAUACAGACAAAAAGGAGGAACAAAAAUAACAAAACAAAACAAAAAGACAUACAUUAGGGUGUUUUC